GCUCUCUUUCGGUAUCCAAAUUGCUUCCCCUCUGUUUUUUUUUUGAUAUUUCUCCGACUGAAAAGUAAUGGUGAAGCCGGUAACCCCCGACCCCGAGAUCAGUUUGGAUGAUUUUUUUGAGCAGAAGAAGCGCGUCAGGAACCCCUUCGUGCCAGUCGGUGCACUUAUGACUGCUGGAGUACUCACUGCUGGCUUGAUCAGUUUCAGACGAGGCAAUUCUCAACUGGGUCAGUUGUUAAUGAGGGCUCGGGUUGUCGUUCAAGGUGCUACAGUUGCACUUAUGGUUGGCACUGCCUACUACUAUGGGGAGAAUCCCUGGCAAUCACGUGAGAGUCCGUAAACUGCUGUUUCAUCCUCUCUCAUCUGUUUUACAGUUCUUAUUAUCAUGAUUAAUGUCAGUAAAUGACAGAUCCUUUUUUUUAAUAAGGAUUAUUGUUUUUUUAUGCGUAAAGCCCACAUUGGAGGGGGGAGUUGGAUUUGGACCCUAGACCUAUAGUAUGCACAAUCCUAUGUAUGCAUUUGAUUUUCAUUUUAUACAUUUCACAUUGGAAAGUAGAGUUGCAUUUUAUUUUGUUUUACCCAUCAAUAAAGAUGGACUGUCAUUGGUUA